CCGGUUUACCUGCCCGCGACCGCCACGUACGGCGCGUUCUCGUAAAUAUUAUAAUAAGCACCUUAACCGUGACGGCCGACGCGUCUUUAAAUUUAAAAAUCACGUUUCCUUAUCCGCUUAUCGUGAGCUCGCAUCGCUGAACCGGAGAUUAUCGUUAACCGUGUCCCUCUCUAUCUAUACGUACGUACGGUGAAAUAGAGACGAAGGAACUUUAUUUUUACGUGUGUUCCACCGACCAGUGCUCCCCGGUUAGCCCGUCGAGCGGUCGAUCGAUAGCACGGCGUCACGACCCUAGCUCGCUCCGCGGAACUCGCCGGGACUCGCCCCUAGAGGCGUAGUGAUGUGUGUGAUGUAAUACCGAUAUCGAUAGCGACAAACAUGAUGACUAUGGACGUCGGGAUGUACAACAAUCAGCAAAAUGGGUACAGCGCCGAGUACUACCAGCAAGGGGCGGCGUACCAACCCCCGUACGAGUACCACGAGAGCUACUACGAGCCCACCCCGUACUUCGAGCCCAUAGUCCACAAUCAGACGCACGAGGCCGCACCUGUCAUCAGCACAGACACGGGCCUGUGUUACACCAACUUAGACUACGGCGAGCUCCAACAGAACUACCCCAUCCAUCCCCUGCCUCCCCAUCCAGAGGCCUUCAAGCAUAGGGAGGAACUUCCCCGACCGGAGGAGAUGCAUCUACACGAGCACAAGCUAGACAACCAUUACUUGGAGACGAAGUACAACAUGCAUUUCGUGGAUGACUCGUCGAUGCAGUACAACCACGCGGGGUCGCCGCUGCCGUGCGGGGACUUCGACCCCUACCCCAAGGAGGAGUUCGGGCUGCGCGAGGGGUUCCCGCGCGAGGAGCUGCAGCACCAGCUGCACCCGGGGCACUCGCACGCCGCCGUGCCCACCUACAAGUGGAUGCAAGUCAAACGGAAUGUGCCCAAACCUACCGUGCCAAAACUGAUGAUCCCGCCCGCAGACUUCGUGACCCAGGGUGUACUGGGCAGCCCACAAGACGGCCUGCGAACUCCAACCGGAAACCAGAUGCUGGCAAACCCCCUCCUCAACCUGAACAACACGGGGAGAACCAACUUCACAAACAAACAGCUAACAGAACUAGAGAAAGAGUUCCACUUUAACAAAUAUUUAACAAGAGCGAGGAGGAUAGAGAUAGCGUCCGCCCUGCAACUGAACGAGACGCAAGUCAAAAUAUGGUUCCAGAACAGACGAAUGAAACAGAAGAAGAGAAUCAAAGAAGGUCUUAUCGUGGCUCCAGAAGUGGCACCGAGUACCAGUCAUACUGCAGUAGGCUCAAAUGAAAAUAGUCGAGAGUCCAGCUAAAUAUUACUAUACAUUUUGGGUAUCAAUUUCAAAGACUAUUUUCGAAGCAUUUUGUGUUUUAGGAAUUUCUAAUUUCCAUCUACGAUUACUGUAGUCACAAGUUAUGGGAAAUGUAGAUUUUGUCAAAUAAUUAGAAAAUAUGGGAAAUAGUAAACAUAAUAAUCCUAAACUUUAAAAUCUUUGUUCCGAAAUCAUAACAGACAUGAAUUAUGUUUCUAUUUGCAUAAAAUAAGCAAUAAAUUUAUGAACCUUGAAUAAUAGGAAAAGUGACAAACUUUCUUAACAUAAAUUCCAAAAAUGUAAUAAUAAUCGAUAAGCCUAUUAUUUUGUAAUUUUGAAACAAUAAUAAAUAAUUAAAAGGUACUUUAUAUAUUUUAGCAAACUUCAAAAGGUUAUUGAGAUUACUUAAAAGUUACUUAGCGUAGAUUAUUUUUUUAAAACAAAUGGUUUAAAAAUAAGUUAGUAAUUAAUAAGUAACUGUAAAUUAUUAUGAGAUUUCGUAAUAGACAACUCAUCGUUUAAUUUAUUCUUUUUUUUACAAUAAUUUUAAACGUUAACGGUUAGAUGUUUUCGUUCUUAAGUAUAAUUUAUGUGACGUCAUAAAACCAAAGCUCAUUUUUUAUUUAUUUAGUUAAGGUCAGCAAACUUGAAACAGCAAUUUUUGUUUUUAAUUAACAAAGAAUUAUUUACUUCACAAAUCCGUGAAGAGCUGAGGUAUCCAAGCAAAUAUACAAUGCUCAAGUAAAAAAAAACCUUCUCCUUUUUGAAUGGUUUCGGAGUGAAACGUACGUAGAGGGAUUUUGGUCAGGACUGGGCGAUAUUGCCUUUUGAAUCAAAAUAACGUCCGCGUAUAUUAAAUAUCGAUUUUUUUAAUUUUCAUAUUUUAUAAUUACCUAUAAUUUAGCAAAUUAUUGAUGUAAGUACCUGUCAAUACGUACCCAUUAUAAAAAAAAUUGUAGCAAGUUUAUAAAGAAAAUUCUCGUAUGUUAUGCACCUACAAAUAGAAAUGAGUUAUCUGCUGACCGUAUUUGUUACAUAGAAUCAUAGGUCAUUUUCGACAUAGAGAAAACCACAUUUCUAUAUUUAUUAUUAUUAUGUUAUUACUUAUUUUCUUUCUGGUUGUGUUGUACUUAGGCUUGGUUUGUUUGUGAGCAGCAGCGCAGAAGUACUAAGAUUCUAGAACUAGGCCUAUAAAAAUGUUGCUGUGUCGAGGUCCAAGUCUCACAGGGGACUCAGACCUCGACUUAGGGAACCUUUAAGACCUCUGGGGUUACUACAGUAAUAAUAUUCAUAAUAAAAAAAUAGAAAAAAAAUAACUAAUUUUAUUUUGUGGAUAUUUUCAGUAAAUAAAAUAAAAUUUUCCUUUAAAGAAAAAUUGUAUAUUAUCUUGUAAAAACAUAAUUCAUUUGCUAACAGUUCGUUACAUGUGGGAUGGUGCGGGUGACAGUUCGUUUCAUUCAUGAUAUUUUUACGCGAUUCACGAUAAUAGUACGUAUAAUGAACGUCAUACAGGCGACUGUCACCGUACCCAUGCUAUUUGAAAAACACUUUCAUUUCUAUUUUUCUAUUGAAAAUGGCCGCAUUUAGUAUAUAGUAUUAAUAAAUAAGUAGGUAAUUUCCUAUUGUACAGUUUGUCAUGAUAUAAUUUAUCGCUAAUAGAGUAAACAAAAUUAAAUGUAUAUAUAAACAGUGAAGUUGCAGUAGGUAGGUACGGUUGUGUGUAAAUUUUUGUAUCAUUAAGCAACUAACUUUUAAUCAGUAAAUUAAUUAUAACUAUUUUCAA